AUGCUUAGAAUAGCUGGUGCAAGGUCCAUUAGAGGGGGCUUUUCACGAAGUGUAUAUAGCUGCCUGAAUGCCAUUAAGACGGAAUCACAUUUAGAAAUAAGAAGUGCAAGUUGGAAUAGGAUUAGACUGUUGUCCAAUGGUGCACGUUUAUGCGAUGAGAAAGGCUCCAUAAAUACAGGAAAGGAACUCUCUGAUGUUGUGGAAAAAAAGAAAAAAAAACCACUAAGUAGAAUACCCAUAGGUGGCAGUGUUGAUGCGAGCUCACAAAAGUUGACUGGCAACUCUAUAGAAUUCGCAACUUGGAAAGCUGCAGUCCUGAUCAUUGCUGUAGGCGGGGGAUUAUAUUAUUUCUUCUCGCGGGAGAAAAAAAGGUUAGAGACGAUGAGAGAAGCGGAAGCUAAUAGAGGCUACGGCAGGCCUGUAGUUGGCGGACCGUUCAAAUUGAUUGAUUUCAAUGGUAAUGAGUUUACUGAGAAGAAUUUACUUGGCAAGUUUUCAAUACUAUACUUUGGUUUCACACAUUGUCCAGAUAUUUGCCCUGACGAAUUGGACAAGUUAGGAAUAUGGCUGGAAGACCUGAAACAGAAACAUGGUAUCAGUUUGCAACCAGUUUUCAUUACGUGUGAUCCAGCAAGGGAUUCUCCAGCGGUUUUGAAAAAGUAUUUAGAAGACUUUCAUCCAGAUAUCAUCGGCUUAACAGGUACUUAUGAUGAGGUGAAAAGUGCAUGUAAGCAAUACAGGGUUUACUUUUCUACUCCGCCAUCAGUGAAGCCUGGACAAGAUUAUUUGGUUGACCAUUCAAUUUUCUUUUAUUUGAUGGACCCAGAAGGAAAUUUUGUUGAAGCUCUUGGAAGAAAUUAUGAUGAAAAAACAGGUGUUGAUAAAAUAUUAGAUUAUUGUAAGAGCUAUACUCCAAAAGAAGAACGUGAAAAAAUGAAUGAAAAAUGGUAUUCCUUUUUGUUGAAAUGA